AUGGCCUCCCCCGAAAAGCCGAGGUUGUUGUACGAUCGGCCCGAUGGCAAGUUUCGCGAAAUGCUCGCGGAUUGUCCUACUCAUGGUUGCAAGCAGAUGUUGGGUCUCUUGUUGAACUGGGGCCUCUUGGGGGUAUUGACCAACCAGACGUACAUGUACCAUAUCUAUUAUCCGACCGACAGGCUGUCCCUGCAAUGUCUCGUCUACGGCAUACUUAUCUUCGAAUGGGUCCAGACGGGGCUGCUAACAGCCGCUUCAUUCGACAACUACGUGUACAAUUACGGUGAUCUCGACGCCCUAGUAUCGGUCAGCAAUUCGUGGUUCAGCGUGCCCGUCAUGAGCGCAAUCGUUGCCCUUGUGGUACAAGUCUUCUAUGCGUGGCGCAUUCUGCGCCUCAGUGGCUCCCGCAUACUGUCUGGAAUCAUAGUGUUUCUCGCUGUAGCGCAAGCCGCGGGAGGGAUCGCAUUUGGUGCUCAGAUGAAAAUAUAUAAUCCAUCACUGCUCAAACUCUCACAAUUCAAGGGACCAGUGAUUACUUGGCUGCUAAGCAGUAUACUCGCGGACACGCUCAUUGCUGUGUCCAUGACAAUAUUGCUCUUGAAGAGAAAGGCGGGGCAGCACACCAGUACCGACCGAACACUGGAUAGAAUUGUCCGGAUGACUGUCGAAACGGGAACAAUGACUGCAAGCAUAGCCGCGGGUGAUGUCAUCCUGUGUCUUGCUUGUCCUGACAAGUUGUUCUACCUCGCGCCUGCGGAGAUCUUGAGCAAGGUCUAUGCGAACUCUCUCCUCACGAACCUGAUCAACCGCGCGUUCGUCAAGCGCGCAGAUUCAACACUGUCGACACGUGGAGGUCGAUUGUCCUUCGCAUUCAGCCAAGAACACCAAACGACUGUAGAGAUUGCGGUUUCUCAAGUGGAGGGCAGCUCUGGCGAGUCGACGGGUACCUAUGGCCUCGAGCCAGUCGACAAAGGUGUCGGCUGA